CUAUUAUUGGGUCCUUGCCAUUUCUUUCAAUUCCAUUACUUUCUGAUAAAGCUUGCAUAUUUUAAUGCUUGAUCAUGAUGCAUGCACACGUUAAUGAACACCUAUACAAUAUUGGUUGAUGAGGUAUAAGCGCUUGUCAGCAUUCUGCAAAAUUCGCGGUAUAAGCGCUUGGCAGCAUUCUAUAAAAUUCGCGGUAUAAGCGCUUGACAGCGUUCUGCAAAAUUCGCGGUAUAAGCGCUUGACAGCAUUCUGCAAAAUUCGCGAGUUUAAACAAAAUUGUGGCCAAAAGAAAGCAAAGAAAUGUCUUCAGGUUUUGUGGGUAUACUUGUUUCUGAUCCAUGGCUUCAGAGCCAGUUUACGCAAGUUGAGCUACGUACCCUCAAAUCCAAGUAUGUAUUAAUAAGGACGCAGGCGAAUCGUGUUACAGUGGCGGAUUUGCCUCCUGAAUUUGUGAAAUUGAGAGCUUUUACUGAGGUUUUUAAUGAGGACGAGAUUAGGGUUAUAUUGAAGGAAUCUUAUGCUAAUGCCGAAGAAGAGUUGGAUUUCGAAACCUUCCUCAGGGCGUAUUUGAAUGUGCAAACAAGAGUACCUGCAAAAUCAGGUGGUAGAAAACUGAGAUAUUCUUCUUCAUUUCUUAAGGCAUCCACAACUACUUUUCAACAUAACAUUAAUGAAUCCGAAAAGGCUUCGUAUGUUGCCCAUAUUAACAACUACUUGGGAGAAGAUCCAAUCUUGAAGAAAUAUCUUCCUAUAGAUCCAUCAACUAAUGCUUUAUUUGAACUUGUAAAAGGUGGAGUUCUUCUUUGUAAGCUUAUCAAUGUGGCUGUUCCUGGCACUAUCGAUGAGCGAGCUAUUAACACAAAGAAAGAGAUGAAUCCAUGGGAGAGAAAUGAGAACCACACUCUUUGCCUCAACUCUUCAAAGGCUAUCGGCUGCACAGUUGUUAAUAUCGGAACACAGGACCUUGUUGAAGCCAGACCUUAUUUGGUACUUGGAUUAAUUUCUCAAAUUAUUAAGAUUCAACUGUUAGCAGAUCUUAAUCUUAAGAAAACUCCUCAACUCGUAGAACUAGUGGAUGACAGCAAGGAUGUGGAGGAGCUCAUGGGAUUACCACCUGAAAAAGUUUUACUGAAGUGGAUGAAUUUUCAUCUCAAGAAAGCUGGUUACAGUAAAGAGGUUACGAAUUUCUCUUCUGAUGUGAAGGACGGAGAGGCGUAUGUUUACCUGCUUAAUACUCUUGCCCCGGAACUCAGUACCCCAGCCGCCAAAACUGUUAGUGAUCCUACCCAGAGAGCAAAGCUGGUCCUUGAGCAGGCAGAGAAACUGGAGUGCAAAAGAUACCUUAAUGCUAAAGACAUCGUUGAAGGCUCCCCAAAUCUUAAUCUUGCAUUUGUGGCACAGAUAUUUCAGCACCGGAAUGGAUUGUCAUCCGACACUACAAACAUGCCCUUUGCGGAGAUGAUGGAGGAGGAUGAUGCUCAAACUUCUCGGGAAGAGAGAUGUUUCCGCCUCUGGAUCAACAGUGUUGGAGUUGUAACUUAUGUUAAUAAUGUUUUUGAGGAUGUCAGAAAUGGAUGGGUCCUUUUAGAAGUACUGGACAAAGUUGCACCAGGCUCUGUUAAUUGGAAGCAAACCACUAGGCCUCCUAUAAAGAUGCCAUUCCGAAAAGUCGAGAAUUGCAACCAAGUUAUAAAAAUAGGAAAGGAAGAAUUGCAUUUUUCUCUUGUGAAUGUUGCUGGGAAUGACUUUGUCCAAGGAAAUAAGAAGCUCAUAUUAGCAUUUCUAUGGCAGUUAAUGAGAUCGACUAUGAUUCAACUCUUAAAAAAUUUGAGAUCUCACUCCUUCUUAUCCCAUGGUAAAGGAAUUACAGAUGCUGACAUCCUAAGCUGGGCAAAUAACAAAGUGAAGAAAGCAGGUAAAACAUCUCAAAUGGACAGCUUCAAGGAUAGGAGGCUUUCCAAUGGACUUUUCUUUCUCGAUCUUCUUGGUGCCGUGGAGCCAAGGGUAGUCAAUUGGAGUGUUGUCACCAAGGGAGAAAGUGAUGAAGAUAAGAAGUUAAAUGCGACAUAUAUAAUCAGUGUUGCCCGUAAGCUUGGAUGCUCGAUUUUCUUAUUGCCUGAAGACAUUAUAGAGGUAAACCAGAAGAUGAUGCUUACUUUGACAGCAAGCAUAAUGUAUUGGUAUCUGCAGCAUCAGUCCGUGGAGCCAUUGUCGUCUGUUGCUGAAGAAAGCGCUGAUAAUUCUGAUAUUACUAUGGAUGAUGCUGAUUCAGAUUCUGCCAUGUCCCCUUAGGUUGGCAAAAGACAAAGAAUGACUUCAAAAUGUAGCAUUAGCAGCUUUCAAUAGAGCAGGAACGAAACCGAAUGCAUCUGCAACUAGGAGAAUUGAGUUGCUUAGGAAGAGCACUCAUUGUUCAAUUGCUCAUAAAUCAUACAAGUCAAAAUUAUGUAAAUUACUCAUUUUUGUAAGUAGAGCUUGCUGUUAUUAAGCAUAAUUUCAGGACCAAAUUGAUGCAUUCAUUGUACUGGACUAUUAGUUUAUGUAAAAAUAUACUCCCUCCAUUCUUAAUUAAUUGACGUUUUAGAUA